AUGAAAGUGAUGUUGUCGUGUUCGGGACGUUAUUAUGUUAUAGUCCAGAGUCAAAAGUACUUUAUAUAUAACAACAAACAAUGCACUUAUGGUGUAUACACAAAAAACAGCUUUACUUGUCUGAAUUAUUAUUCGUGUACCAACUUAUAUUACUCUACAACUCUAUCAAAGUGUAUUGAAUGUCCAAUUGAAAAACGUGUUUUUUGUUUAAGAACAGGAAAGUGUAUUAAAUGUGAAACGAAUUAUCUUUUGGAUAGUAAGAAUAACACAUGUACACUAUUUCAUAUAGACAACUGUUUGAUAUCUCAAAAUGGAAUUUGCUUGAAAUGUGAAGAAGGUAAAUUGUUAGAAAAUGGUUUGUGUGUAUCACCCAAGAACAAUUGUCAGCAAUUUGAUAUCGAUGCAAAUUGUUUGUUAUGCGACACAACAUGGAAAUUGAUAAAUGAAGGCAUUUUAUGUGAAACAGUUGAUAUUAAAAAUAAUUCAAAUUCACAAAGAAAUAUCACUUCUUGUGUUGAUGGGUACUUUGUUAAAGACAACAAAUGUGUGUCAUGUCAAGAUAAGUACAAUGGAAGUUACUUAUGUGACUCAAUACAACCACUACAAUGUAACACAACAUUAAAUUAUGUAUUGGAAGAAAAUAAAAAUUGUGAAAAAAGUUCGUGUUUUUUAAUGGAAAAUACACAGAAAGACCAAAAUGGAAAAUGUCUUUCUAAUCAACCCAAUUGUCGAAUAAUAGUAAAUAACAAGUGUGUUACUUGUGAUGAAAAUUACAUUUUAUCAAAUUCGAAGUGUCUUUCGUCCGUUGAUAAUUAUUAUGAAAUUGAUAACUCAACGUAUGGGUAUUAUCGAAAUGGUUUAGAUUGUCAGAAUCGUUUGAUAAAUUGUUUUACAUGUAAUACAGCAAAUUCUUGUUUAACAUAUUACUCAACCAACUACAUGACAGGUGACGGCUUGUGUAAACCACAAAACGAGUGA